CCAUCGCCCCAACGAAAGCACGGAACAAUUGCAGCUUUUGGGCUCCAAAGAUCGCUCCAUUACGCAUGUGGAACGCUUUGUUUUUCACGCUCACUCUGAGCGCUCGGCUCCAGACCUGGAGAUGCUGCUGAGGCUCUCCACUCAGCCGUAGGACAAGCUUUGAUUUCUGCGCACAACAGUUAAGGCAACAGAUGAGUCAUCUCUAUUAAUGUGCAUCGGAGAGACAAUCAGAGAAGGACAAUCUUCCUGAAAUAUCAAGGCUAACCCCGGAAAUACAGCGCAAACAUGAGGGACAGACUAAACCAAUUGCAGGAAAUGCCCACCGGCAGCGAUGAGUUGGUGGACUAUGAAGAAUCCACCUUUUCUGACUCCUUUAGUAAUGUUGACCUGGAAGACGAGCUCCCUCAUCAGGCGAUCGUGUUUGACAACAGCCCUGCUCUCAAUGAUGUCUUUUCUCAAUCCCAGGAUAUACAUAGAGAGAUACAGCUUAUCCGACUUGAGGUUAAAAAACUCCGUGAGCAGAACUCUCGCAUGCUCCAGGGCAACACUACCAUGAGCACAAUUAAGAAAGACUCCAAUGCUAUAGGAGCAGACAUAAAGAAGAGGGCUGAGGGUAUUCUAAAUUGCCUGCACAAAAUGGAUGGAACAGCUCACAAGUUAGAGGAAGAGCAUGGUGAAAAUGCUGCAAUCACACGGAUUGCCAGAACCCAGUAUGCUUGCCUCAGCAAUGGCUUUCGAGACGCAAUGUUUGACUAUAACGAGGCCGAGAUGACCCAUCGAGAGAACUGCAAAGCCCAGAUCAUGAGGCAGAUGGAGAUAGUGGGGCGCGAUGUAUCAGGCGAAGAUGUGGAGGAGAUGAUUGAGAAGGGCCAGUGGAACAUCUUUACUGACAAUGUCGUGAGCGAAGGCAAAACAGCCCGAUCGGCUCUGUUCCAGAUUGAGAAGCGCCAUCAAGAGCUCGUAGAUCUGGAGAACCGAAUCAAGGGAAUCCAUGAGAUCUUCCUGGACAUUGCCCUGCUGGUGGAGGAGCAGGGCCCAAUGGUGGACUAUGUCCUAACAAAUGUUCAAAAAACCGAUGCAGGCAUACAAGAAGGCAUUGUCAAGCUUAAAUUAGCCAAAAAGCACGACAACAAUAAUCCGUUUAAGAAAAUGUUUUGCAGUUGCUUCCCAUGCUGCAAGUAAGGAUCAGAAUCAAAUACAAUGCAAUAUUUUUGUUCAAUACAUUCCAAUUAUUAUUGCAAAGCAAUACAUAUCACUGUUGUUGAAGGACAACAACUUUAAGGAGUUAAAUGAAGGUCUGAAGGUAGAGCAAUUACCACAGUCCUUUAGACUGAUAUAUAAUAUAAAUACUCAUGUUAAACUUGUUUCGAAAUCAAAUUAACAAGUAUCUCAAUUCCUGAAAUGAACUUAUGAAUUAAGUGCCUGCAUGGUUCUCAGUUUAUUAUUUUAUGAAUGGGGUGUGAUGAAAAUUGUUUUAAAUUAUUGUUGAUACAGUUAUUGCCAUUGAGACUUUACUGGUCCCAAACUUUACUGGGAAAACUGAGGUAGAAUGAAGUGCCUUUGUAAACCUACUUGUUUACAAGCAAAAUAUGUUUAAAAGAUGUUGACAGAAGUGUAAACAAGACUGCCUCUAAAGUUUGUGCAAUUCAGCUGUCCUUGAUUCAUUUGAGAUGUUUAUUGCAUUGUUAAUUUUAAGCAGUUAAUCAUUGUAAACAACAAGCAACUUUCAAUGUGUAAUUGGUCAGAUUUGACAUUUUCUGGCUGCAACACAAAAUAAAUGUUUAUGUGCAAUCA